CUUGACAAAAGAUAAUAUUUUGGCUGUAAUACUUAAAAAUUACUUUCACCACAAAAGUUAAAUAUUAAAAAAAGGAUUUCGGACUUAAAAUUUGUACAAAACAGUGAAAUCGUUAAAUAAAAAUUGUCUCAGUGAGUUGUGCACCAGAGGAGAACCGUAUCUAAUCUGAUCAUAGAGCAAACACUGACAUGCAACCGACGUGCGGAGGCAUGGACGAGCUACCUGACGUUACUGAUGUCCUGAAGGAAGCCGAGCAGGUAAUUAGGCAAUGCUUCCAAACGUACGCAUUAGACGAGGUAUUCUUAUGUUUCAACGGCGGAAAAGACUGCACAGUAUUAUUAGACAUCACAAUAAGCGUACUCAAAGAUAUUUACAAGAGCUGCGACAUAGGGAAGAACCUUAAAGUCGUCUACAUAAGGACAAAGGGACCGUUUGUCGAAAUCGAGAAAUUCGUACAAGAGAUUAAAAUGUAUUAUGGUCUGACGUUAAAAGUAACCGAAGGCGAAAUGAAGGAGACGUUACAGAGGCUAUUAGAGAAGGACGGGAUAUUGAAGGCCGGCUUGAUGGGAACGAGACGGAGCGAUCCUUACAGCGAGAAUUUGCAAUUUGUUCAGAAAACGGAUGCGAAUUGGCCUCAGAUAAUGAGAAUAUCUCCGCUAUUGAACUGGUCUUAUCACCACAUAUGGAGCUACAUAUUGCAACGACAAGUGCCGUACUGCAGUCUCUACGAUAAAGGGUACACGUCGAUAGGAAGCACAACGAACACGUGGCCGAAUCCAGCCUUAGCCCACAAGGACUGCUUCGGUUGCGUCACCUACCACCCCGCCUGGAGAUUGUCCGACGCGUCCUUAGAAAGAGCCGGUCGAGGAAGUUCAGUGAAGGCACCCGUCAAUGGAAACGGUACAUAUCACAAUCAUAGUUUGACGUCAACCAUCAAUCCUUGUAUACGCAACGGAGAUGUUCUUUGAAUUUCGAAUUUUAUUAUUUUACGGGUAGUUCGAAAAUAGUUUUAGGUUUUGUGCAGCUGUCUUUGGAAUACUAGGGUAAUAUAUUUAUAUAGUAUGGUAUCGAUAAUUUUGUAUCUGCUAAUCUAAUUUAUUGAAAUAUAUAUACAGGUAACCUUCCUAUUACACGGUAUUUUACAACACGGUUCGUCUAUAACACGAAAAGAAAAAUUCUCCAAAACUCUCUUUUAAUACAAUAACUUCUACAACUAGAUAAUGAGAAUUUUGUUUAAAAUUAUGUAUAUAUAGACAAUUAGAUUAUACACUAUGAACACACAAUAUAUAUAAUAGCUGAAAUUUUGCU